ACACCACUUCCUCCCCACCUCGCCGAAACCAAUCUACCAAACCCUCUCCCUCACACAACAAAUCUCUCGACCCUUGAUUGUUUCUUCCCGCGACAAUGAAACUCCUCACCCUCAACUUUUUGACCUGCGCCCGCAAAGCUUGCAAACAAGAACCGGCGGCUUUCCCUCUACACCCCCGCGACGCAGAGUUGGAACGCGUGGAGAUGGAAUUGAACCCGGAGUUUCUGGUCAAUGUUCUGCCCCGUCUCGAGUGGAAGGCCGUCAGGAGUUUGGGCGAUGAGCUCGGUCUACCCACUCUACCGGAACAACCACCCAACCCUGAAGAUUUGAUGGAGAAGGAUGGGAGUAAUGAGCCCACACAAACGCUGAAGGAUCUACAUGCAUUGUUGGUGGAAACGAGUGUGGCUAAUGGAAAAUUGGUCUGUGGACAUUGUGGUCAUGAAUAUGCUGUCAAGGAGGGGAUUGCGAAUUUCUUGUUGCCGUCUCAUUUGGUGUAGAGAUUGGGUUUGAGCAAGAGGAAA